AUGCCGAUUUCUCUCAACCAUUGCCUCGCACUGCUCGUCUCACUCCAUGAUAUCAUCAGUAUUUCUCAUGUGCAUCAGAUGCGAAAUCAUUAUCGUUAUUCGUUUUGCCGAGCCAUCUACAACAUCUACUUCCAUCCACUUUCCGGCAUUCCAGGGCCCCGUGCUUGGUCUGCCACGCGGUUGCCAUUCAUAUGGGCACUUCUCCAGGGCACUAUCGUACACGACAUCCAGAGAUUACACGAGAAGUACGGACCCAUCCUGCGCAUUGCUCCUAACGAAGUCACAUUCGCCCAAGAAGAAGCCUGGGCCGACAUCUUCCAAUCUCGACCUGAUACGCCGCAGUUUCUGAAGGAUCCAACCUGGUGGAAAAGGCAACCAGGCCAAUCGCAAUCUCUCCUCAGUGCCAUCGAUCCAGAAGAGCAUGCGCAAAUUCGCAGGCUUCUAGCUCCCACUUUCACUACGCGCGCGCUUGCAGCCCAGGCGACCGUACUAGAGCGAUAUGUUGAUCUCCUCGUUGAACAGCUGCGCAGACUUGUUUCUCCCGGGGCAGGCAUUGAUCUCACUCCCUGGCUCAACUUCACUACGUUCGAUAUCUUCGGCGAUUUAGGAUUUGGUGAAUCUUUCAACUGCCUCGAGACCUCGCGAUACCACCCGUGGAUUGCUCUCUUGUUCAACAGCGUGAAAGCCGCAUCAUUUGUCGCUGCAGUACGUUACUAUCCUGUUCUGGAAUGGUUACUUAUGAAAUGUAUUCCUGCGUCUUUGAAAGAAAUGCAGCGACAACAUUUCGACCAGAUUGCGGACAAGGUAAAUCGGCGACUGAAUUGGGAACUCGAGCGAGUAGAUAUCAUGUCCCACGUGAUCAAAGGAAGGAAAAGGGAAACAUUGGAUAUUGGAGUUAUCAACGCUACCUUUAUGGUCCUGACAACUGCUGGAAGCGAAACAACAGCCACAGUAUUAAGCAGGACUUUGAAUUAUCUCGUGAAUAACCCGGACAAACUCACUAUACUUGCCAAUGAAAUUCUCCAGAAAUUCCAGGACCCGGACGAUAUUAAGCUUGAUGCUUUGCAACAUCUCGACUAUCUGGACGCAUGUAUCAGUGAAGGCCUGAGGCUCUGUGUGCCGAUCCCAUGGGUGCUUCCCAGGCUAGUACCACCAAAGGGUGCGAUUGUUUGUGGAAAAUGGCUUCCAGGCAAGACCGUCGCCAGGCUAUGCAGCCCUUCUAUAUUGGCAAAGCUCGUCUGGAAUUUCGACAUGAAAGCCGUGCCAACUGCAAGAUUGCGGUGGGAAGACCUGCGAACAUUCUUAUUAGGUGAGAAAAAGCCUGUCAUGGUUGACAUGAGUCUGAGAGCUAGGGAUGUAGCUGGCCAGCAGAGAAAGUGA